AUGGAUAAAGAUUACUCGGCACCGAACUUCUUAGGCGAAUCCUCAGGCGGUAACGACGAUAACAGCUCCGGUAUGAUAGACUAUAUGUUCAACAGAAACCUUCAACAGCAAAAGCAAUCGCAGCAUCAACUGUCUCCUUCCGGGUUUGGAGCAACGCCUUCUUUUGAUAAAAUGAGCUUUGCGGACGUGAUGCAGUUUGCGGACUUCGGUCCGAAGCUGGCGUUGAACCAGACCAGGAACCAAGAGGAACAAGAAACCGGAAUCGACCCGGUUUAUUUCUUGAAGUUCCCAGUCUUGAACGACAAGAUAGAGGACCAUAACCAAACCCAACAUCUCAUGUCUCAAGAAGGAGGUGAUUGUGAAGGAAACGUGUUUCUUGAAGAAAAGGAGGAUCAAGAUCACGACGACAAUGACAACAACUCCGUGCAACUCCGUUUCAUUGGAGGCGAAGAAGAAGAAGAUAGAGAGAACAAGAAUGUUACGACGAAGGAGGUCAAAAGCAAGAGGAAGAGAGCUAGAACGAGCAAAACCAGCGAAGAAGUGGAAAGCCAGCGAAUGACUCACAUCGCUGUUGAGAGGAACCGUAGAAAGCAAAUGAACGAGCAUCUUCGUGUCCUCAGGUCUCUCAUGCCUGGCUCCUACGUUCAAAGGGGAGACCAAGCGUCGAUCAUAGGAGGAGCAAUAGAGUUUGUGAGAGAGCUGGAGCAACUCCUACAGUGUCUGGAAUCACAAAAGCGUCGAAGAAUCCUAGGAGAAACCGGUUCUAGGCAAGUCGGGGACAUGACCACGACAACAACUUCUUCUUCUUCCCCCAUAACUUCGGUUACUAACCCGCUGAUUAUCACGGGGAAUGUAACCGAUUUAGAGAGCGGAGGAGGAGGGUUUCGGGAGGAGACUGCGGAGAACAAGUCCUGCUUGGCUGAUGUGGAGGUGAAGCUGCUAGGGUUUGACGCCAUGAUCAAGAUACUUUCAAGAAGAAGGCCAGGACAACUGAUUAAGACCAUAGCUGCGUUGGAGGACCUUCACCUCUCGAUUCUCCACACCAACAUCACUACCAUGGAACAAACCGUCCUCUACUCCUUCAAUGUCAAGAUUACAAGUGAGACGAGGUUUACGGCUGAAGACAUCGCAAGUUCCAUCCAACAGAUAUUUAGCUUUAUUCAUGCAAAUACCACCAUGUAA